CACCACACAGCAGCAUGUAACUGCUUCAGGACUUGUCGCUGCUUUUUUUUCUUCUUCUUCUGCAUAUUACCUUGUGGUCUUCUACAGACACAGGUCAGUCGUUUGACCAUGGAGUCUGGAAACAUUCACCUGAAUCUAAAGACUGUGCUGCUGACGAUGAUGAUGUUCAAGUGGGGAAUCUUGUGCACAGCCACAUCAGACAAGUGUUUGUCUGCACCCUGCCAGAAUGGCGCUUCCUGCGUGGAUACCAUGGACGACUACGCGUGUAUCUGUACCAGAGAGGGAGUCAGAUACAUGGGCAAGCACUGCGAUGAACUCUAUGAUGCCUGCUCCUUUGCUCCAUGUGAGAACUGCACCAGCACCCCUGGCACCGCAGAGUACCACUGCAUCUGCCCCGAGGGACUGACGGGAGAUAACUGCACGGAGGAGGUGGACGAGUGUCAGAGCAGCCCGUGCUCUGAGCCCCGCUCUCUGUGUGUGGACCAGCUGAACGGAUACUUCUGCAGAUGUCCUGCCGGGUACGGAGGACGGGACUGCAGGACUCACGUGACUGACUGCAUCGAUGAGCCCUGCAGGAACAAUGGGUCUUGUGUGUUACGACCGGAGGGCUUUGAAUGCCGCUGUGCGCCGGGGUAUGAGGGGACGACCUGUGAGGAAGAUGUGAACGAGUGCUCGUCAGAGCCCUGUCAGAACGGAGCGAUCUGUAUAGACGGAGUGGCAGAGUUCCACUGCUUCUGCGUGCCCGGCUUUCAGGGCUAUAACUGCGAGAUCGACAUCAACGAGUGUGCUUCACGGCCCUGUGAGAACAACGCCACCUGCAUCAACGAGAAGGACCACUACGAGUGUGAGUGCCUGGUGGGCUUUGCAGGAGUCAACUGUGAGACUGAGAUAGACGAGUGUGAGUCCGGCCCCUGCCGCAACGGAGCCACCUGUCAUGACCUGACUGGCAUGUACUCCUGCGAGUGUCUGCCCGGGUUUGCCGGCACCGACUGUGAGCUUGAUGUCGACGAGUGUGCCAGCGAGCCCUGCCAGAACGGAGCUGCCUGUCACGACAUGGUGAACAGCUAUGAAUGUGACUGCAGCGACACAGGAUAUGAGGGUGACUACUGUGAGGUGGACAUCCCUGAGUGUGCCUCUGAUCCCUGCCAGCAUGCUGCCACAUGUGUAGAGGGGGUCAAAGGAUACACCUGCCUCUGCUGGCCAGGUUAUGAAGGACCAAACUGUGAGAUUGACAUAGACGAGUGUGCUGAGCAGCCCUGUGAGAACGCCGGCGAGUGUUUCGAGCGUUCGGAUCCGUCUCACUGGGAGCUGGACUGGGAGCUCAGCUUUGCAGAUGCAGCUGGAUACAUCUGCCAGUGUCAGCCAGGGUUCGCAGGAGAGAACUGCUCUGUCGACAUCGAUGAGUGUGAGUCUGAGCCCUGCCAGAACGGAGGCUCUUGUAACGAUAAGAUCAAUGGCUACACCUGUACAUGCUCUGUUGGAUUUCUAGGUGAGCUGUGUGAAGUGAACAUUGAUGAAUGUGAGAGUCAGCCCUGUCAGAACGGAGGCUGGUGUGAAGACGGCAGGGCGUCCUACACCUGCCACUGUCCUGAGGCGGAGCCGGGGGAACUUCCCUGGGGAGGAGAUCACUGUGAUGUGAGACUCCACGGCUGCGUGGAGCACGAAUGUCAGAACGGAGCCACCUGCCACCCAUGGCUGGAGGGUGGAGAACACGGUCAUACAUGCUUGUGCCCUCAUGGUUUCUAUGAUGAGCACUGCUCCACAAGAACAACGUUCUCCUUCUCCACCCCCGGAUACAUUCACAUCCAGGUUGAUCUCGAAGAAAGGACCAGGAGGGAAGUUGAGCACCAUGCUCACCAUGGCUUUGGAGUACAGCUACGUUUCCGGACAACUAUACCCAAUAUGCUACUCUUUUACAGAGGGGAUGUGGACAACCACCUCCUCCUGGAGAUUCUGAAUGGCGGCCUUCAUGCAAAAGCCUUUUCUGAGGACUCUGAAAUGGAUGUAAGAUUUCCUGGCUUGGUUAGUGAUGGAGACUGGCGAGAUGCUCAUGUGUUUGUAGAUAAUGAUGGUCUGGUUCUGACUCUGAAAGGUCCUGGCUGUGACAGGGAUGGAUGCAGAGUUACAGAUAGUGGUGCUGAAGAACCGCCUUUCCAGCCCUCUGGAGCCUUCACCCAAAUUUAUGUUGGUGGAGCACCACCGGAGCUGUUAGAGUACUCUUUGAGUGGCACAGGCUUCAUUGGAUGUAUGGAGGACCUGAUGAUCGACUCCAAGCCUAUCCUACCCCAAACACUUCCUGAGGACCAAGGCCAUGAGCUAGGAUGCAGUAAGACUGAAUGGUGUAAAUCUGACCCCUGCAAUGGACACGGACACUGUGUGGACCUGUGGACCAGCUAUCAGUGUGACUGCUACCGUCCCUUCUAUAGUGAGAGCUGCUCAGAAGAGUUCCCUUCAUGGACAUACAGCCACGAGGACACAGUGAGUUUCAGUGCCUAUGAUGUGAGCAAAGGACACGGCAGCAACUUCAACGUGUCCUUCCUCCUGAGGUCGUUAAAACCAGACGGGCUGCUGUUCCAGCUGAGGAGGCCCACAGAGGAGGAAGGGGGAGAGGUCUACUUUUCUAUCUACCUGGGGAUGGGGAGGGUGUUUGUCAGCUCUCUACCUAACACUGCCUCACUGACAGCCCCCAUAUUUGUGACCACUGGUGAGAAGCAGCUUCUACAGGUGGAGGUCCAACACAGACAGGUGAUCUUCGAACACGCAGGCCUUCGUUAUGGAAUUGGAGAGAUCCCCGAGGUGAAUGUUGCCGGUGGGGAUCAAGCCUAUGUAGGAGGACUUCCAGGGGACUUGGACUCUGAUGUGUGGGGGGGACAUUACAAAGGUUGCCUGCAGGACUUUCGUUUAGACUCUGUGCAUCUGCAUGUGGAUGCUUGGAACAGCUCGGAUGAGGAGGAAGUGUAUUUACCAAGCGAUGCUGAAAAUGUGGAGAAGGGCUGUGUCAGUGAUGAUACAUGCAAGAUGAAGCCGUGUCAAAACGGAGGCGAAUGCACCAUCACAUUCAACGAUUUCACGUGUUCGUGUCCUGAGGAAUACACGGGGAAGACCUGUGAAACACGUGUGUGGUGUGUCAGUGGUCCCUGUGUCAACGGCGGCCAUUGUGUGGACCUCCCUGAUGGAUAUGAAUGUGUGUACAAUGCCACGUUUGAGAACAACCCUGUGCACUACAGUGCUGGAGGAUCCCUGGCUGAGCCCGUCUCUAACAUCUACAUGGAGCUGCGGACUCGCUCAGAGAACGCUGUGCUCCUGCGAGCCUCCUGGGGCUCGGACCUGCUCUUGGUGGGUCUGCUAGACUCCUCAGUCCGGGUGGAGAUCCACAUCGGCAACAGCGUGGAGACGAUGACCUUUACAGGAGUUCGUCGAGUGGCUGACGGGAGCUGGCAUCGUGUGAACAUCUCGAUGGCCGAGAGGGAACGGAAAGCCUCUGCCUGGGUCAUCACCGUGGAUGGAAUCACAGACGCCAGCAGCGUGCCGGAGCGCACAGGAAGCCUUCACUUUCUCAACGAGAAGGGAGCCACGCUGGCUGUAGCGGAGAGCUUCACUGGCUGUCUGGGUGCAGUGAGGGUCGGAGGAGUCUACCUUCCUUUUGUGGAUGACUAUAAAGCCCCGCAGCCAUCUCAGUUCCAUAUGGAUGGAAAACCAAAGAUUCAUUUGGGUUGCACCAGUGCUCCUGUUUGCGACUCCAGUCCCUGUCUGAAUGGAGCCACAUGUGAAGACCUCUUUAAUAAAUUCGGCUGUGUGUGUGACCUGGGCUGGGAGGGAGAGCAGUGUGAAACAGACACUGAUGACUGUGCGACUCAGCCCUGUGUGCAUGGAAGCUGUAAGGACUACUUAGCAGGCUUUGAGUGUCGGUGUCACGCCGGAUAUGCUGGCACGCUCUGCGAUGAGGAUUUCGACGAAUGUGAGCAUCACGCGUGUGAACAUGGAGGCACCUGUCAGGACGGACCCAACAUGUACACCUGUAUCUGCCCAGAGGAUUACAGAGGGCCUCUGUGCCAGUGGGACUAUCCUCCAUUACAGUGUGGUGAAGAUGUCCAGUGUGCAAAUGAUGGUAUCUGCCAUGAUGGGCUGUGGGGAGCCAACUGCACAUGCGUACCAGGCUUCACAGGCAGCAGGUGUGAAACAGAGAUUGACGAGUGUCUGUCCAACCCCUGUCGAAACGGAGGCUCCUGCUUGGAUCGCUUCAACAUGUUUGUGUGUGAAUGCCCGCCUGGCUACAGUGGUCCCAUCUGUGACACAAAUAAACAGGCCCACAAACAGGGAAUCCCCUGGCUGAUGGUAGCCAUCCCGCUGCUGUGCUUCUGCGUGCUGAUAGCCAUCAUCGGCUUGACCUUCAUGGUGCUCACGGCGAGGAAGAAGCGCCAGUCGGAGGGCGCGUACAGCCCCAGCGCUCAGGAGCUGGCUGGAGCGCGACUGGAGAUGGACAGCAUGCUCAAAGUCCCACCAGAGGAAAGACUCAUAUGACACAAAGGCUGAGCGAUGAGGGUGGUAGACGGGAUCCGAGCACUGCGGGCAUGUGCUCACUUGGGCUGAAGUGAAGGACCUAUGUUGCAGGAUACAGCCCUCUCCUGGUGGCCAGCAGGUAGUGACACAGUGCUGCUGUUCAGUACGUCACUUCUUUUAACAGAGAUGCGUUAAAUAUGUAAGGGUUAGCGAUGAAGGACAUAAGGAGCCUUUGGACCACAGAAACUCACUGAUAGGAUGAGGGAACAAGGAAGAACAAUCCAUUGUAUGACUUGACACACUGUAGUUUGUCUAAGGCAGGGCCUUAACCUGGUUCAUAACUUGUGCGUAGAGGACAAUUUCAGGGCUUUAUUCCAAGUGCUAUGAGCACAAAAACUGAGGAAAUUGUGAUGCAUUCAGAGAAAAAGAAUGAUGAGAUGUGAGGGGCCCAAGCAGCAAAGUCUCACCAACAUACAGGGCUCUAAAGCUGCAUUUGUUCUAGAAGCCAUUAGAUGCUGGUUCUAACAACACUGUGACUGCCUGGAUUGAGGAAACUUUAAAAUAAUAACAUUUUACUCAGCACAAUUUCUUUUUUAGUUACUUGUAAAGUGGUUCUUGUUGUUAAUUUUGACAAAUACUGUUCCAAGUGUGUCUCCACCCUGUUUUUGUGUCCAUUUUUCAUUUCCGUGUGAAAACAUGUGGAACCACUGGAAGCAGAGGACAGGCUGGCCACUCUGGAUACAUGAGCGGCACUCUCAUUCCCCCUCCGGCUUUCUGGUUCUUACAGCGGGGUAAAGGAAAAUCCUGUCAAUUAAAUAUCAGUUAACUAAUAAUGAUCCAAAAGCAAACUCCAUGUAAAGAGACAGGAGCUGAGCUGCAGCAGCUCAGCGACGCAGCCGCCACACAGCUCGCAAGCAUCCUGAGUGGACAGAUAGAUAAUGACCUCCGGAACACGUGACUCCACUCAUCAUUUCCAUUGAAGAAAUAAAAGACAUCAUGUCUGCGGUGCGUGAUGAGGAGACUGUAGCCUUUGCUUCUCUAUACAACAGGUGACACUGGAAUAUAGAAUUGCAGAGAGAAGUUUCAUAAUCCUCAGACCCAAAAUGAUUUGGACAGUGUUCUCAGGAUUGGAACUGGCGCUGUCACACUGCAAGUCAUACCUCCUGCUGAUGCCGGAAUAACUCCGGUGCCACCUCAGUCUUUCCCACAUGUGCGGUGGUGCGUAGGCUGACAGUCACUCUCAGCAACGCCUGUGGAGAUGGAUCAUAUUGCGUGGGGACGGAGAGAAAAAGAAGGGGUGUAGGAUUUGCAAACCUGGCCGAUACUUUAUCGCCAUUACAUUGCUAACGCUGAACCAUUUUACUAAUCUGUGUGCUUGAAAAGAGGCACUGAAAAGAAGGUAGGGACUGUACAGGGGAAUACAUUAUUACAAACAAUACAAAAGCACACAAAACAUCUAAUAGAUAUGUUCAAAAGACAGGAUUGUAUUUUCGGUUCAAGGGACAUGCAACUGUGUUUUGUUAAGGACAUCAGAGUCUAGGUUUGUCUGUUGUACUGUCUCCUUCACACGCUGACUUGCUCAUGGCUGUUUCUCUUUGUCAGGCCUGUACAGUUUGUAUAUUUAUGUUGAUUCUGUGUUUGAACUUUUGCUGGAUUUCCACUUUUACUGUUAAGGCCUCACAUGUACAAAGGGAGGGUCUGCUCAUGUCUGUCUCAGUUGCAACAUGGCAUUUGUUUACAAUCAGGGAUGAAUAUAUUAAAACCCAGGGACAUUCAACACAGAGGAUUAAAUCAAAAUCAAAAGACAUGACAUGGAAAUAGUGCCACAAAUUCAAUGAAAAGGAUUUAAACGACCUGUGGUAAGCUUUAAAUUUGAGAAGAAGAAGAAGAAAAAUCAUGACGUGUCUGUCAAUAAAUGUGUUGUACAUAAUUAGCUUCUCUAUUUUCUAAACAAACAUGUAAUCAUUUACCAUUGCACAGUGUAUCACCAUUGUCUUUUGUUUUCUUUAUUCUGAUGUGCAAAAUCCAAGAUAUUUUAUUCAUAAUGUAUUACGAUCAUGCAAUAAAGUGAAGCAGCUUCUGAAGCGUCAUACCUCCUGAUUAUUCAUCCGUUAACUAAACCACUCGCGCUUUCAGCAUCACAGCGGCUUGAGCCUAUCCCAGCAGGCAUUCUGCAGGACAGGCUGCCAGUCUCACACACAGACAAACACAUUCAAAUUUUGGCCUGGCUGAAAUGUUUUGACGGCAAACACUCAACGCAAAUAUUAUACAAAAAGCAACACUUUGGUUUUUGCUUCCAUUUUUCACUACUUCCAUUUUUUUUUUUAUGCACACAGAGAAUAUUUCUCUCAGACUCUUUAUUCGAGAUAAUCCCUCCUCCUGGCAGGCAUGGCAUAUCAAGUUGCUGAUUUAACAGCAUGAUUCGGGCACAGGUCCUCAGUUGGACUGGUCACAAUAAUUUUACUCCCGUAAGCUGUCUUCACAACCGCAGACUAAGUGUAACCUUAAGACAGUCUGGACUGUACUGGAUGUGAAAGUAAAUAAUAAGACCUACAAACAAUUUACUGUACCCUAUGUAGCAUCCAAAACUAAGCUAAUCACACACACAACAGAUGAAAAUGAUAUUGGUCCUUUUUAUGUGACUCCUACAUCAAUGGCCAGCUAGUGUUGGCAGCAGGUCUUUACAAUAACUACAUGAACUGUGAAUCUUGUGUAAAAUCAGUUUAUGUCGGCUCACAUACAUCAGCAGCAGAGUAGGCAAAAGGAACCUUCAGAACAACAGAUAUACAAUAAAGUGUUUAAAAGUCCUCAUAUUUAAUCAGACAGAAAUGUUUAAAAUCAUUUCAGGGACAUUACAGUCUACUGUAGGCUUGCAGGUUUUCUUAAAAAGUUUCUUUUUUUUUUUUUUUUAUAAAACAGAAGGAGGCAACACAUGUUCACAGGUCAGUGAGAAGCCAGAGAUGGGAUUCACCAUGAAGGCCAAGAAACAAACAGAAAAACAAAAGCACUGCCCUACCACAAACAUCGAUAGGUGAACUAACUGCAUGACUGAGAUGCACCACACGCUGUAGCUACCAUAAUACCAUUAGGAUUUUCAUCAACUAUAGCAGACUACGGGUAACAACACAAGCUAAUCGUGGAAGUUGACAUCAGUGGGACACAUGAUGUUGUGAGUGUGACAUGAAAUACUGCGUGCUAUUUUUAUAGUCACAAAUCUAUACUGAGCACUUUGCUAAUGUGGUGGCGUUUAAGACAGAAGACACAGGAGGCUGCCGUGUAAAGAAUUGUGUUAACUUGUUAAUGAGCGGCAAUGGGCUGAGAAACUGUUGGCAUCUGAACAUCUGGAAGCAAGGCCUGUUUCAAGAGAGAUUUCCUGGGUGGGGUAGCGGGUAAAUUAACAAAACACCUAAAUUUAGUCGAUCCUUUGACAGCUAGAGUCGGUUCAGUUCAUGUCCAUUUGUUCAUCAGACACACUUGUAUUUUUCAUUGGUCAGUAGCACAGCGGAUGGUAUUAGGGAGGGAAUGUGUGUGUGUGUGUGUGUGUGUGUGUGUGUGUGUGUGUGUGUGUGUGUGUGUGUGU